CUCACCACGAGUUCUCCUCGCUCCCCUCCUCACAUUCAAUUCCCUCUCUUCUCUUUUCCAUUCCUUCUCAAAACCAUGCUUCUAGAGGCUUCUUCCUCUUUCUCCCUUCUCUUCUCCCCCUCGGAGGCCUCGCGGCCAUCUCCGGCCGCCUUUGGCGGCUCCUCUGCUUCUCUGGGCUCUGUCUUGAGGUUUCCAAGGGGUAGGGGGAAGGAUCGGUCGAUUCUUGCCGUGGAUGCUGCAGGGGCCGACAACCGGCCCGUCACCGGCGUCAUCUUUGAGCCUUUUGAGGAGUUGAAGCAUGAGAUUUCGCUCGUGCCGACGGCUCCGGACCAGUCCGUCGCUCGCCAGAAGUACGCCGAUGAGUGUGAGGCUGCCAUCAACGAGCAGAUCAAUGUCGAAUACAAUGUUUCCUAUGUCUAUCAUGCCUUGUUUGCUUUCUUCGAUCGGGAUAAUGUCGCACUAAAAGGCUUUGCCAAAUUUUUCAAGGAAUCAAGCGAAGAGGAACGUGUACAUGCAGAGAAACUGAUGAUAUACCAGAACAAACGUGGAGGUAGAGUGAAGCUUCAAUCCAUUGUCACGCCCUUGACUGAGUUUGAUCACCCUGAGAAAGGGGAUGCUUUGCAUGCAAUGGAGUUGGCUUUGUCUCUUGAAAAGCUGACAAAUGAGAAGCUUUUGAACUUGCAUAGUGUGGCAGUGAAAUGCAAUGAUCCCCAGAUGGCGGACUUUGUUGAGAGUGAAUUUCUUGGGGAGCAGGUGGAAGCCAUCAAGAAGAUCUCUGAAUAUGUUGCUCAGUUGAGAAGGGUUGGCAAAGGACAUGGUGUUUGGCAUUUUGAUCAGAUGCUUCUCCAUGAAGGAGAUGAUGCUGCAUGAGGUCAAAGAAAUGAAGUGGGUUUUGUUUGUUAGGUCCAGCCUGAUGCUGUGUUUUUUUGAAGGUCUCCCUGCAUUAAGAUCAAGCUAUAGAUGCUACAUCUGCUGUCCGCUUUAGAAUUUUGUGUAGUGCUUUGAAUAAUAUUGAUGGCUAGCAGUCAGAUUGUUUAGAAAGGAAUUUCUUUUUGGGUGCUAAGUCUGCGUGCUAUGGACUUUGGUUUAAUGGACUUUGGUUUAAUGAUAUGCUGGACUGGAAUGUUUGAAGGAAAUUGCAAAUUUAAUGCAAAUGAGUUGACAUAAUA